CAGCAACAACAACAACAACAACUGACCAUGGCCGCUGCGUCGCGAAUGGCGUAUUUUAAUGCACAUGCCGCGGUGGCGGCUGCUUUUAUGCCACAUCAAUUGGCCGCUGCUGCAGCGCAUCAUCAUCAUCAUCAGCAUCAUACACAACAUCAUCAUCACCAUCCACAUCAUCAUCCGCAUCAUGCACACGCUGGACAUCCGCAUCCACAUUCGCAGCCGCCGCCGCCUGCAAUGCCAUCGCAUCAUCCACUGCUGCAUGCUCAGGGAUUUCCGCAGUUAAAAAACUUCGCGGCCACCGGAACAUGUUUACCAGGCUCAUUGGCGGCCAAGGAAUUUGGCAUGGAUGGCCUAAAUGGCUUUGGUGUGGGCGCUGGUGUUGGUGUCGGUGUGGGCGUGGGCGUGCCCGGCAUGGGCGUUGGGCCAAAUGGCAAAAAGAAGAAGAAAAAACGACGCCAUAGUCGCACAAUAUUCACGAGUUAUCAGCUGGAAAAGCUGGAGGAAGCCUUCAAGGAGGCGCAUUAUCCCGAUGUCUAUGCCCGCGAGAUGUUGUCACUGAAAACAGAAUUGCCCGAGGAUCGUAUACAGGUGUGGUUCCAGAAUCGACGUGCGAAAUGGCGCAAAACCGAAAAGGUUUGGGGCGGUAGCACCAUCAUGGCCGAAUAUGGAUUGUAUGGGGCGAUGGUGCGACACUCGCUGCCAUUGCCGGAGACCAUACUGAAGUCGGCCAAGGACAACGAUGCGGUGGCACCCUGGCUACUAGGCAUGCAUCGCAAAUCGAUUGAGGCACAAUCCGCACUCAAGGAUGAUUCCGGGGUAAGCGAUCACGAGGAUUCGGCUGGCUCCAAGUCAGCGCAUUCGGAUGAAUUGCGCUCACACUCGCGAGCGCUGAGCUCAUCGACGGAGUCGUUGAAUGUUGUGAGUCCGGCGCCAAGCAGCUGUCCAACGAUUGCAUCCACAGUGCCGCCAGCAUCGACGACGCCUCACGGCAGCAGCGGCUAUGCGGCAGCCUCAUCGGCGGCCACAACGCCAACGGGGGCAACAACCAACAGCUCUGGAUCGCCGCACAUUGAACUCGGUUCACCAUCGCCACAGCAAACGCAACAACAGCAACAGCAGCCGCCACAGACGACGCACUUGUUGCAGCCACAACAGCAACCGCAACAGCAGCAGCAGCAGCAACAGACGUCGCUGGCGGGACAUUAUGCAACUGCAACGCCCAGUUAUCAUCCGCUGUUGGAUGCGGCAAAUGCGGCGGGUGCAGGAGCCGCUGCCUCGAGCAAGGACUUUCACAUGAUUAUGAACACUGCUGUCGCAGCUGCAGCAGCGGCAGCCGCACAACACCAACAGCAACAGCAGCAACAUCAACAGCAACAUCAACAGCAACAUCAACAGCAACAUCAACAGCAGCAGCAGCAGCCACAUGCAGCAUUGCAUGCACAUCAUUUGUCUGCCGCAGCAGCAGCCGCUGCGCUAAUGGAGCACGAUCCGGAUGCUUUUAGGAACAACUCGAUUGCUUGCUUGCGCGCCAAAGCACAGGAGCAUCAGGCGCGUCUCCUUAACAAUGGCGGACUCUUCCUGCAGGUGCGCAGCUUUGCCCAGGCUCAAGCUCAAGCUCAGGCUCAAGCUCAAGCUCAGGCCCAGGUUCAUGCUCAGUGCGAGGUCUUAAAACACGAGGAGCGCAAUAACAACAACAACAGCAGCAACACGCAACAGUUGUUGGCAACUUCGCAUCCCGUCAAAAUGGAGCUAACGCCUUGCAUCAACAUCGAGGAUGUCUGACAUCCGCAAAGCAACUACAACAACAACAACAGCUUGCCACAGUAAAAAAACAAAAUGGGAAAAUAAUUCCCUGAAAUGAUCUCAAAUCUAAGCCCAAAAAGAAUGUAUCCAAUAAGCACACCAAUUUUUUUUUACUACCUUUAAGCAAUUUAUUGAUCGAUAAUUAAUCAAAAUCAAAAUCGUCUUGAUCUGUAAUCUAAAAUACAAUAUGACAUUUUAACAAUGCUCUAGACUCGAUAAGUUUCGUUUCGAUUCGUUUAGCUCCUAAGAAACCAAGAAUGUAAUAUUUUUAAUAAAUGCAUAAUCUACGCUAAAAU